AUGGAACUCCGGCCAUUUGCCACAGGGGUGACGAGGAGAUGCCCGAGGCGACGAGAAGGGCUGAUCCUUGAGCCCGGCGCCGCCGCUGGAAGGUGGCUGAUCCCGCUCUGGCUCUGCCUGUGCGCCACGGAGAAGUGCUCGGGACAGGUUUAUAACCUCAGCCUCGCUGUGGACGAAGGGCUGCCGGCCGACACGCUGGUGGGAGACGUCAGCGCCGGGCUGCCCCCUGGCGAAGCGCACCCGGGCGGCUUCUUCCUCUCGGAAGGCAGCGGCGAGUCGGCCGUGUUAGCGGAUUUCCACGUGCACACGGACACCGGCAUCAUCCGCACGGCGCGGCCGCUGGACCGCGAGCGCCGGGCGCGCUACAGCUUCGUGGCGGCCACGCUGCGCGGGGAGAUGGUGCAGGUGGAGAUCACCGUCGCCGACGUGAACGACCACGCGCCGCGCUUCCCGCGGGACGCGGUGCGCCUCAACAUCUCCGAGCUGAGCCCGCCCGGGAGUGCCUUCCGCUUGCCGGCCGCCCGGGAUCCGGAUGCGGGGAGCUUCGGCACUCAGGGCUACUCGCUGUUGCCGCGGGAUCAGGACGACGCUGCGCGCGGGGAUUGGCAGGAGGAAGGGCCGUUUUUCCAACUGCGCUACGGGAACCCCCCGGACACCCUGGAUCUGAUGUUGCUGCGACGGCUGGACCGCGAACGGGCGGACACCCACCGCUUGCUGGUGGAGGCCUGGGACGGCGGCAGCCCUCGGCGGAGCGGCCGCCUCCGCGUGGACAUCCAGGUGCUGGACGAGAACGACAACGCGCCCGCCUUCGGGCAGAGCGAGUACCGCGCCCGCGUGCGGGAGGACGCGCCCGCGGGCAGCUCGGUGUGCCGCGUCUUGGCUACCGACCCGGACUUGGGGGCCAACGGGGAGGUGCGCUACAGCCUCAGCCGCCGCCAGGGCGACCCUUCGGCCUCCGCCUCCUUCGAGGUGGACGAGCGCACCGGGCUGCUGCGUCUCCUCCGGCCGCUGGACCGAGAGGCGCGCGCGCUCCACCGCGUGGCCGUAGAAGCCCGCGACGGCGGCGCCCAGCCCGAAGUGGCCACCGCUCUGGUCGCCGUGGAGGUGCUCGACGUGAACGACAACGCGCCCGCCAUCCACCUGCUCUACCUCACCGAGGCCGGCGCCAGCGUCUCCGAGGGGGCGCGGCUGGGGGACUACGUGGCCCGAGUGUCAGUCUCGGAUCCGGACGAGCAGGAGGCGCCGGAGGCGCGGGGCGAGGGCGCACCCGGGCGCGCCGUGGAGCUGAGCCUGCAGGGCGGCGAGGGCGCCUUCUCGCUGCGGCCCUCCGGCGGCGACGGCGGCGUCUACUUCCUGUGCGUGGAAGGGCCCCUGGAUCGGGAGAGCCGCGAGGCCUACGAGCUCCGCCUGGUGGCCGUCGACUCGGGCGCGCCGCCUCUCUCCUCGCAGCGAGCGCUCGUCCUCCGCGUGGCCGACCUCAACGACCAGGCGCCCGCCUUCGCGCAGCCUCGCUACCGCGCCGCCGUCUCCGAGGCGGCCUCGCCGGGCACCGUCGUGCUCCGCCUCAGCGCCUCGGACGCCGACGAGCCCGGCUCCCCCAACGCCCAGGUGCGCUACGCCCUGGCCCCCUCCCAGCCGCACGGCGCCCUUUUCCACCUCGACCCGCUCGGCGGCGUGCUCAGCACCCGGGCGGGGCUCGACCACGAGCGGGAAGCGGUGCUGGAGCUGCUGGUGCUCGCCCGGGACUUGGGCGAGCCGCCCCUUUCCGCCUCGUGCCUGGUGAGCGUCGGCGUGGAGGAUGCCAACGACAACGAGCCUGUCUUCGAGCACCAGGUCUACAACGCCAGCCUGGCUGAGCACUCCGAGGCCGGCCACUGUCUACUCCAGGUCAAGGCAACUGACCGAGAUUCUGGCCGCUUUGGCCGCAUUGAAUAUUUUCUUUAUGAUGGAUUCCAUAACUAUGAAAAAUCGAAAGCGUUUCAGAUUGAUCUAAGCAACGGCCGCAUAUGUGUGUUGCAGGACAUUGAUAGGGAAGAGGAUCCGUCCACAUACGAUCUCUUAGUGAAAGCUACAGAUGGGGGUGGGUUAAGUGCCCAAGCUUUUGUCCGCAUCGAAAUAGAAGAUAUUAAUGACAAUCACCCUGUCUUCGACCCAGUGACUUAUAUGACGAGCAUCAGCAGUCAUACACAGCCAGGAACAGAAAUAAUCAACGUUAUUGCCACUGACAAGGAUUCUGGGAUAUAUGGAGUUGUGACUUAUGAACUGAUACCAGGGCACCUCUCUUCCCUGUUCACAGUGGAUACAUCUACAGGAAUUAUUUAUCUGAUAUCAACUCUCAGCAAUGUGGAAGUUUCCAGUGUGCUGUUGACUGUUUCUGCCCGGGAUGGAGGUGGUCUUUGGUCUGUUGUGAAUGCCGUUGUGACUGUAAGGAUCCUCCAGAGUGCUGUGGUUCCUGCCAUCUUUGAGAGAUCACGUUACACCUUUUCCAUCCCUGAAGACGCCCCUGAAGGAAGCACAGUUGGCACAGUGAAAGCACGGGAGCCUUUGAAUGUCCUGGAAACGAUUUCUUACAGGAUUUCCUCUGGUGAUCCCUAUGGAAAAUUCUCGAUUGACCCUCAGUACGGAAUCAUCCGCACCAAAAAACAGCUUGACUAUGAAGCCCAUGAUCAUACAGUUCUUACGGUGCAGUCGCAGCUGAGCAGCUCCCCUGUCUACAGCAGCACACAGGUUAACAUCACGGUGAUCGAUGUCAACGACAACCCUCCGGUGUUUGCGAUGGACUCUGAUCAGAUAAAUAUAUCAUGGAGCACAGUACCCAGCACAGCAAUUUACAUUGCUCACGCAGAAGACAAAGACAGUGGGCUCAAUGGGGCAAUUCGAUACAUGGUUGUAGGCAACCAAUCAAGCGUUUUUGCUAUUGAUCCAGUUCUUGGGGUGCUUUCCCUAGCCAGACCUCUGGCUGCUGAUAAGCAGCAUGCACACGCGAUAGUACACGUCAAAGCAGAAGAUCAUGGAAGUCCUCCCUUGAGUUCUCACUUGAUCCUGAGAGUCAUAAUUGAUGAGCAGAAGGGACGCCCUACAUUGACUUUUGAAAAUUUGGUGUAUCAGGUGGAUGUCAGUGAGACGUCUUCCGUAGGUACCAAAAUUCUGCAGAUACAAGCCCGGAAGCUAGAUCCCCAACAUUGCCCUGGGGGUGCUGUGUAUUCCCUGGAGCAUAACACAGAUGCUGCUUCAUUUAGAAUUAAUCCAGAAACAGGCAUGAUUUACCUACGGAAUCCUUUAGACUAUGAACUUAGGCAAAUUCAUAGUUUUAGAGCCUUUGUUACAAGCCCAGAGGAUAAGUCAGGGCAAAAUACAAGUACAUCGGUAAUAGUUAAUGUCAUUGAUGAAAAUGAUAAUUCUCCUGUAUUUGUGCGUGAUGUUUAUUUUUUGGAAAUCGAGGAAAGCUCAUUACCCCAAGGUGUGGUUGGCACAAUCGCAGCAGUUGACAAGGACGCUGGAAGAAAUGGGCAGCUCUCUUAUUUCCUCUUAUCAGAUGGGAAAUAUUUUAAAAUCAAUUCCAAUACAGGUGAAAUUAUAAACUGGGUUGCAUUAGACCACGAGCAACAGGCCCACCACCAUCUGAUCGCUCUGGUGACUGACCAUGGGAACCCUCGCCUUAAUGCCACCAUAGAUGCCUAUAUCUCCGUUACUGACCUCAAUGAUAACCAUCCAUGCUUUGCCCAGCUUCCGCUGCAGGUCAAGGUUUUGGAAGGGCAACCAGCAGGAACACUGGUUGCCACCAUAAUUGCGAAGGACCUUGAUUCUGGAAACAAUGGGAUGGUGCUAUAUUCAUUGUCCUCAGGGGAAAGUUUAGGUCACUUUCAGAUUGACAGCAAUACGGGUGAAUUAAGAACCACUGAAGCUCUUUUAUAUAGUUGGCGUUCAAAGUACCGGAUGGUAGUCACUGCAGCUGAUCAGGGAGUCCCUCCUCUUCAAGGACAAACAGUCAUCGACAUUGAGGUAAUCCCACUUCCCAAAGGGAGAUCCUUUUCUUCCCAGAACAUCAGACAUUUUGUCAUACCAGAAAAUUUGAGGCCUGCUCAAAUCCUGGGCACUCUAAAACGGCCUGGCCAGCCCCCGUAUUCCAACGGAAAUCAGCAUUUUAGCAUCUCUGAAGAAGAUUCUGAUGUUCCGUUUGAAAUUGACGGUGCUACUGGUGACCUCUUUCUUUCCAAGGAACUCGAUUAUGAAACAACAGCUCACUAUUUCUUCAGAGUUCUGGUGAAUGAUGACCUGAAUAGCUCUCCACAGAACCAUACUGUUUUCCUCAGUAUUGAUAUCGAAGAUCAAAAUGAGCACUCGCCUUCUUUCCGGAACAACUUUGUUGUGAUUGGGAUAGAGGAAAACGUUCCCAUUGGCACUUUGGUGUAUACGUUUAAUGCCAGAGAUGGAGAUGGCAGUUUCUUAAACAGCAAUCUUCAGUAUUCUAUAAGCAGGAACAACUUCACUGAAAAUCCAUUUCUCAUCCACCCUUCUUAUGGUAGCUUAAUUACAGCAAUUCCCGUCGACCGAGAGAUGACUCAGUCUGUUAUCCUGACAGUGUUGGUGGCAGAUCAGGCUGUAAAUUUGACUGAUCGCAGGCAGAGUUCACUGACAGCAAAAAUUGUCAUCUUGGACGUCAAUGAUAACUACCCUAGCUUUGUUUCAUCUCCUCUUUCCUACGUUAGAGAGGAUGCAGAGAUAGGCUCUCUAGUGCAUCACAUUGUUGCACAGGAUCCAGACCAAGGGAGAAAUGGACAAGUUACAUACCAUCUUCUUUCGAGCAAUGAAGACCAUUCAUUUGUAAUAGACAAAACUACAGGGCUGCUAACCACGACCUUUGCCUUAGACCGUGAAUGUCAAGAAUAUUACAACUUGACUGUUGUGGCCCUUGAUGACGGCACUCCAGCCUUGUCUGCAACUCAGAGUCUGACAAUAAUUGUCCUUGAUGUCAAUGAUGAGCCACCCAUGUUUACAAAAGCCUUAUACGAAGCUUCCAUCUGUGAAAAUAAAGAUCCAGGAAGGGUUGUUCUUAAAGUUGAAGCCACAGAUAAAGAUUCAGGAAUCAAUUCCCUACUUCAGUAUGAAAUUUUGCCAGGACCUGGAUAUGAGACGUUUCAAAUAAAUUCAGAUACUGGAGAGAUUACAACAGCCAUCUCAUUUGACAGAGAGACUCAAGAGAUCUUCACUAUUAAAGUACUGGUCCGAGACAGUGGAACUCCCAUUUUAUCCAAUACUGCAACAGUUGUCUUCAGAGUACUGGAUGAAAAUGACCAUGCUCCCAAGUUCCUCCUUCCAGUUUCUGAGAUUCAAAUCUUGGAGAACCAAGAGCCUUCAACAGUGUUCACUGUGAUGGCUCUAGACCAGGAUGCUGCCGACAAUGGAACUGUGCAAUAUCGAAUCAUUGGUGGAGAUGUUAGAGGAUGCUUUGCAUUGCACAAAACGUCAGGAGACCUCUUCACCACUUGCAGCUUAGACAGAGAGAGGGUCAGCAACAUUACCCUGGUGGUUGAGUGCUUCGACCUGGGCUAUCCACCGAGAAGCUCUGUGGCCAGACUGCAGAUCACAGUCCUGGAUGAAAAUGACAACAGUCCCUUGUUUGCAAGGAACCCCUAUCAAACAACUGUAAGAGAAGACGUGGCAGAAGGAUCAACAGUUCUUGAACUGUUUGCCAUGGAUGCAGACGAGGGUCCGAAUGGGGAGGUCACGUAUUCUCUCACUGAUGGCACCCUUGGAGCAUUUGCCAUUGACAGGAUUACUGGUGCUAUCAUUACUACUAAACCACUGGACCGGGAGAAAAAAUCUCAAUAUGUAUUUAAGGCUGUGGCAACAGACUCUGGCAUCCUGGGACCAAGAAGCGCUAGCGUUACCGUAGUCUUGCAUAUUGAGGAUGUCAAUGACAACAGUCCUUUUUUCCUACAGAAUCCUGUCAAAGCUUAUGUAUCCUCUCAAGCAGCUAUAAAUCAGACUAUAGCUACUGUGAGAGCCAGUGACAUAGACCUAGGACCAAACGGAGCUGUGAGUUUUAGGUUUGUGACGCCAGAAACCAUGUUCAAGAUGGACCCAAACACAGGAGAAAUCUUCCUCCAGGAACCUGUGCCUAAUGAGGGCUUCUCUACACAGCUACUGAUAGCGGCUUCUGACCGAGGGGUCCCAGGUAGAACAGCCACUGCUCUUUUGACCAUCAGCUCUGAAACACAAGCAGAGAUGAUUUCGUUCAGCCACAUUCAGUAUGAAGCAGCUGUUCCUGAAAAUAGUGAAAUAGGUACCUCUGUUUUAACUGUAGUUGCUAAUGACCAUAGUUUGAUGGGAAAGAAUUUGAAGCACAGAAUCAUCAGUGAACAUGAAGAUAUUUUCUACAUCCAUCCCAUCAUGGGUGAAAUCACGGUAAAACAAGCUGAAUUUCUUGACUAUGAAGUCAGGAAAAAAGUGCAUUUUGCAGUCUUAGCUGAAAAUGGUUUGACUUCAGCAGUGUGUGGCGUGACAGUAUUGAUACAAGAUGUGAAUGAUAAUGCACCUCAAUUUGAGAAAAGCUAUUUUAAGACAUCAGUUUGGGAAGGCCAGGUCUACAACAUGUACAUCAUGCAGAUCUAUGCAACAGACUCUGACAGUGGGCUUAAUGGAGAAAUUGAAUAUUCAGUUUUAUCUGGCAACACUAAUGAUGUAUUUGUCAUUGAUUCAGCACAAGGAAUUAUAUCAACAAAUACAAUCCUUGACCAUGAAGACGUUUCAUCAUAUAGGUUAGUUGUGCAAGCUGCUGACAGAGGAACUCCCAGGCUAUUUGCAACAAGCACAGUAGAAAUACAAGUCUUAGAUGUCAAUGACAAUGCUCCAACUCUCCAGCCCUUAGGCAUUGUGGAGGUCCCUGAAAAUGCUCCACCUGGCUUCCUUGUGAUGCAAGUUUUGGCCUAUGAUGUGGACCUGGGCCCACCUCUUCGCUACAGUUUCGCUGAGGAUGGCAAUCCUGGGAUGACAUUUGCCAUAGAUCAGCACAAGGGAAUAAUCUCAGUGGUGAAGGCAUUAGAUUUUGAAGAAAUCGCUCAGAUUGAACUGUUGAUCAGUGUUUCGGAUUCUGUGCAUCAAACGACAGGACAACUCCUAAUCCUUCUAUUAGAUGUCAAUGAUAAUCCACCACUGUUUACUAAGGAUGUGUACCAGGUGAUGAUACCAGAACUUACAUCUAUCAAUACCUCUAUCUUGACUGUGUAUGCCACAGACAGAGAAUCGGAAUACAAUGGAAAAAUAACCUAUAGAAUUCCUUCCCCCUCUGACACAUUUUCUAUUGAUCCUCAAAAUGGCUCACUAUUUCUUGUUACGCCAUUGACAUACGAGGACAAGAACCCAGUUAUUCAUCUCAUCAUAGAAGCCAGUGACAAUGGGAAUCCUCCUUUGACUGCUGUUACGUCAGUGCUUGUACAGAUACAGGAUGUGAAUAACUAUACCCCUCAGUUUAUAAUGCCAGCAUAUAAUCUCAGUGUAAGUGAAAAUGCUUCCAUUGGAGAAAGGCUGUUCACAUUCUCAGCCAUCGACCGUGACAGGGCACAUCGAAACACCUACGUUGAAUAUUCUGUCAUUGGUGGUAAUGGUAGUCAUGAAUUCCAUGUGGACAAUUGCAUUGUUGGGCCAGAAUCUCCAGGUAAACUGAUUGGAAAUCUUGUGCUGAGAAACGUGCUGGACCGAGAAAGAAGUUCAUCUUACCAGUUGUUAAUUCUUGCAUCUGACCACGGAACACCGCCUUUAAACUCCACUGCCACGGUGUCAAUCACCAUUUUGGAUAUGAAUGACAACCCACCUGUAUUUACCAAUUUGGAAUAUCAUGUUCAUGUGAGAGAGAAUUUCCCAGUAGGUAGUCAUAUUACUGCAGUCUCAGCAAGGGAUAAUGAUGCUGGAUCUAAUGCAGACAUCACUUACAGUAUCAUCUCUGGAAAUGAUAAGGGACACUUCCGGUUGGAUGGGAAAACCGGCUCCCUUGACCUUGUCAGAGCUCUGGAUUAUGAGGAAACUAUGAAAUUCAGUUUGAAUAUUCAAGCCUCUGAUGGAGGAGUUGACGUAAAAAAUGUGGGUUUUGCUGUUAUAUUUAUCAGCGUCCUCGAUGCUAAUGAUUAUGCCCCAAUAUUUGUUUUCCCCAGCCUGGACUGUGGAAUACUUGAAGAUCUGCCCGCCUUUUCUUCUGUGUGCACAAUUUCUGCAUUCGAUUUCGAUACUGGUCCUUGUGGUCAUCUUUCUUACUCCAUCCAGUCAUCAUGUUUGUCUGGUCAUGGAACUCCUGGAGAUCAUGACACAUUUUUCAUAGAUCCUCUGACGGGAGAGAUCCGCACCAAACAGGCGCUGGACUUUGAACACCAGAACCAGUAUUGUUUCAUAGCUCAGGCAAAAGACAAGAGCGAUUCAAAAGCCACGGUUACUGUUCGAGUGAACGUUGAGGGGGCAGAUGAAUUUGCCCCUGUUUUUAACCAAGAUCAAUAUUUUUUUGAUUUCCCUGAGAAGAAUGAAGCAGGGCAGUUGGUUGGGAAGGUGACCGCAUCAGACUAUGAUGGAGGAUUGGAUGGUGUCAUUCACUACACUUUGUUAAAACAGUCUCCUUUCUUUUCCGUGAACCAGAGCAGUGGGGCUGUCUACUUGACUAGAAUUUUUCACAGGAAACGAAGCAGUAGGAAGCGGACAGAUGACACUCUUGAACUGCUCAUAAAAGCUCAUAGCCCAAAGCUGGACUCAAAGUCCAGUACAUGUACAGUUCUGGUAAACAUUUCUAAUACUCCUGAGAGCUAUUCCAUACUGCCGGCGCACACCGUGUCUGUUAGCAUCGCUGCCUCUACUGUAGCUUUCCUGUUUCUUGCCAUCAGCCUGGCUGUGCUUGUUGUUCGAUACAGACAAAAAGAUAGCGCAAACGGCAGCGUGAAGAAAGAGAUGCCACAUCCCUCUGCUACUGAUUUGAACUUGGACAAUGGAAAUAGCAGCCCUAAAGAGGACCAGAAGUCCCAGAUCCAUGGAACUGGUACCCUUCCUGUGGGCAGCAUAGCUGAGUGGCUAAGUUUGGUUGGUAUCAGAGAGAGAAGGGACAUUGGUCAGCCUUGCAGGCAUUCAGGCUCUAGUGGCCAUGGCUCCGCAGAAGGAGAAACCGCGGAAGAUGAGGAAAUAAAGAGGAUCAAUGAGCAUCCCUGCAGGAAGGAUUCUGGCUCAGCCUUAAGUGACCGAGGUUCACGUAUACCAGACUCAGGAAUUCCCAGAGACUCUGACCAACUUUCAUGUCAGUCUGGAGAGACAGAUGGGGUGGCUGUGGCUCAAAGGAUAGAGAUUGCCCACUCUUUUAAAGAAGGAAAUGGGGCAGAGGGAAGAGAGUGUGACAAAAAGCUCUGCAAUAAGUUGCUGUCCCAGACACUUGAAGAAAUGGGAAUAAAGGAAAAAGACAUCAUGGCAGAUAUCACAACAGAAUAUGUCUUCAUACCUGAUGGCCAGAACUCCCAUUAUGGAUCUCUUGCCACCCUAGUAGACUCUGAUGAGGAUCUCAGAGGUAGCUAUAACUGGGAUUACAUGCUAAAUUGGGAACCCAGAUUUAAGCCUCUCGCUUCUGUGUUCAGUGAUAUUGCAGAACUAGAGGACGAAAGCAUAAAAAUACAUAGCUUUCCUAAGGAGAAGAAAUCUUUCAUUUUCCCUCCUCCUUUGAUUACUUCUGUAGCUCAACCAGGUUUAAAGACAGUUCCCCCACGAAUGCCAAGUCUGUUGCCCAGUCAGGCAUUUAAAAAAUACCCCCGCUCACCCCUCACCCAUCACCUGAGAUUUCCUCCAUCAGCGAUGACACCCAAUUUUUCUCCUUCUCUGUCUCUGCUUACUAUGCAGACGCCUAUGGCAUCUCCAGUUGCCUCACAUCCAAGCCUGAAGGGGAUGUGCCCUGGUCAGCCAGCAUGUGAACUUUCAACAGAGGAAGAAGUUCAAGUAUAG